CGUCGACCACAGCCCUCUCGAUGCGUGCUUUUUUGCGGAGCGUUUACAGUAAGUCGAUCAGGGUCAGUGCUAUGGCUCAUGCAGCUGUUGAACCUCCAAAGUAUAUUGAUGGAUCUCGGAUAAAACAGUUCCUUAAAUAUGAAGAUCUUAUACCCGUUAUUGAAGAGGCUUUGUUGAAUUUUUCUGCCCGUGAGAGCGGUGGGAUUGUCCAGCCCGUGCGCUCUUCGGUGGCUGUAGAAGAUCGUGGGUAGGCAUGCAAUUAUUUAUUUGUACUUACUUCAGAUGUUAUUUUUGGUUACGUUUCUGUUUAUAUAAAUGCAUCGACAAUCUUCCAAAAAUCUGUUGUUAAAAAUUUAACACAAAGGAUUCCCGGGGGGACUCGGCAUAGGAAAGGGGUGGUGAUGCUCGUCGUCUCGCUUAGGGGUGUAAAUUUCGGAUUUUGGUCUCACUUAGGGUGUUCUGGGCAAAACGCCAUCAUAUUUAGCCGUGAAGGUCUCGUUUAGGGUUGCACGCGAAAAAACAUAAAGAUAUAUAUUUGAUAUGUAUAUUGUUUUGGUCUCUUUUAGGGGUCAAAAAUAGCUUGAGCCACGCCCAAAUCGGUCUCCUUCAGGGGCUUAAUUCAAAAUUUCCAAUGAGUAUCCCCACCCCUUUAAUAUGCGGAGUCCCCCCCGGAAAGGAUUUAAAUAAUCAAUGAUCGGCCAUCAGUUGCACACUUAUUAGCUCCAUCCCGAGUAAAAAUUUUACAGGACACUCCAUUUUGAACCCGCCUCCGCCCCCACUGAGGGAAGGCCUUUUUCAGUGGGGACUAAAUCGAAUCUGUUGGAAUCUCGAAUUUGGGCUGGAUUUUUCCUUGCAUCGGAGCUGUAGCCUGACAUGUAAAAAUGCCCCCUCCUCUAAUCAAAGUGCCCCUUCUCUGAUUUUUUUGGAGGGGAAUGGGCGACUGUACACAGGCUAGGGAGCUGUUGAUAGUCCCUAAUUCCUUUAUCAAUGAUGUGUUAUUUGAGUCAAGUUAUAUUAGUUAAACUGGGCUUCAACUGACCAAAUCCGUAGUAAUGAGAACUAAACUUACUGGGGAACCUCUUAAAAGAACAACAGGUUUCGUUUACUUAAUACACAUUUAUAUUAGCACACUGAGACAAUAGUCUGCAUUAGAGCCGCACAGUUACUCAUGACCUAGAUAGGCUAGAACUUGAUUUAGAUUACAGACUGUCUGUGAUGCAGGCUAUGAGUGACAUUAAUGGUCAGAAAUAUUAUUAUCAUAUCUUUUCCACUUCAGCUUUUUUCUUGUUAUGCCUGCAUAUUCAGCUAAAGACAAUGCUCUUGCUGUGAAACUGGUAACAGUAUUUCCAGAGAAUAGUGAGCAAGGCCAGCUACCAGCAAUUAUGGCAAAUGUCAUGGUGUUUGACUCAAAAAAUGGUUUGCUUAAAGCAGUGAGUUUUUUCUUUCUUUUUUUAUUAACCGAAUUUUGUUCAAUGACGUAGCAAGACCCUUGCUAUUUUUUUCUUCAACUUUAGUGGCCAUUCCAUGAGAUGAUUUUAACCUAUCGUUUUAAUAUGUUAUGUAUUUAUUUGCAAGAUCAUGGAUGGAGUUGUGAUCACAGAUAUGAGGACUGCCGCAGCAUCUGCUGUCGCUACCAAGGUAUAGAUAGACAGACGCAUGUACCUCAGGUAUCUGAUUGAACAUCAGCUUUGUAGCAAAUGUGUUUUAAACUCUCCCUGCUCAUGGGAGUCUCCUGUCUUUUGUGCAUGGCUUACAAAAUCUCUAGGCUUAAGUUGACUUUUUUAAUGCUUUGCUCUUUCAAAGUUUUCCAAAAUCUCACUGAAUGCAUUUUAUUAUUAUUAUUAUUAUUAUGUCGUAGUAUGAAACUUUGGAAUGCUGUCCACAUUAUGAGUAGUAUAGGGCGCAUAGCAUAACCUACACCACUUGAGAAGCUAUACUUAGAAGAAAAAAAAGGUCGAUACGAAACCUAAUACAAUCCUAAAAUACAUAGUGAUAGGAAUCUCUCUACUUAAAAAGCCAGUUUAGAAUAUUUUUAAAUUCUGAUACUCUGUAAAACCUUCACUAUCUCUACUAAAAGCCUAUACAUAGUGAUAUAAAUCUCUCUACUUAAAAAGCCAAUUUAGAAUAUUAUUAAAUUCUGAUACUCUGUAAAACCUUCGCUAUCUCUACUAAAAACAUAUUUAUAAUAAUAUCACACUCUAAUGUUCUAAAAAAUCUAAGUAAAAACGUCAGCAAGCUUGUGUUUCUAGAUUUCUAGAGAAAAAACAAAAACCUAGAAACUGAAGUCCAUAGCGCCCUAACUAAGUAUUUAUCUUAAAUGUUCUGGCAAUGUUUAAAGUGUUUGAGUUGACCGACUUCUGCAUCCGCUCAAGUACGCUCCGUGCUCUCGCUCCAACUAGCUUCCUCACCGACUUCUCUAUUGUAGGUGUUUAGAGUAACCCCCCAGUACGUCAAUUAUUACGUUGUACUGUUCAACCCUGUAAUCAUUGUAUCUCUACUUCAGCUCCCACAUCAUGGGCCCAUACUUGAGUGUCUUUUCCUCAUCUUUCUUAGCUCUACUCUCAAUCCAUGGGCAGCUCAUUUCAAUUGUGCAGACUUCUUUCCUCUCGUGCUUUGGUUGACAAGUCCCGCGUCGAUCCGAUUUGCUCUAACUUCGUUGUGCUCUGCAUAGAUGGGAAUAUCCCAAAACGCCUCACUUGUGGUGCUCUGCUAGGCUGGUUUUGGCAUCACCGGUGAGUACCAUGGUGGAACCUCUUCCAUUAACCCAUGCUCUCGCAGGAGCUCAAAAAACAGAAUCUUCAAAGCUGCAUUAUGCCUGUAUAGGUACUUGGUUUGUGCCAGGGAGGAACAUCCAGCCAGUACAUGUGCAACGCUCUCAGCUACCUUCCCACAUAACCUGCAUAGAACUUCGCCGUCGGUGGAGGUUUGCGUCUUCUCCUUUGUGUAGAGCUUCGUAGGUAACAACUGCUCAUACAAUUCAUACACGCCCACGACGGUAUGUGUAGGGCAUGUAGCCCAACCUUUUAACCAUGCAAAGCAGCUGGUUAUGCUUAGGGAAAGUUCAUUUAAUAUGACAAGGGGGGAGGAUGAAGAUAUUGAGGGGGGGCUCCGAAAAUUUUUAGACACCCGAAGGGGGGGCUCUGAAAAAAUUGUUGCGCUAGGAGGGGGGGCUCCGAAAAUUUGUAUACUUCAAAACCAACACAUGACAUCAUCAUACAAAUCGGAUGGUUUUCAACUCAACAAUUUAAUGACCUGUGCAACUCAGCUAUAUCACGUGGUUUACAGAUAUAACAAAUGUAGUCUCAGUAAUUAUUACACUCUUGUUCAUCCCAAAAAUGCAGGGAUCUCAUCACAACUGUAUCUCAAGUUUGUCAUAGUAUAAACCAUUGAAGACAAUAACGGCAAAUAUAUUUAAUACAGUCUAGCGAUCUUUUUUCAGGGGAGCAAAGGAAUUGAAGGAGGAGGAGGGGGGGGCUCUGAAAUUUUUUCGACUACCAAGGAGGGGGCUCCUAAAAAAUUGAACCGCUAGCGAUGGGGGCUGCUAAAAUUUCAAGCUUCGAGUUUCAAUAUCUUCAUCCCCCCCCCUUGUAUCAAGCUGAAGGGUGAUGUUGAGUUCUUCAGCAUACUUAGCUGCUUCCUUUACUGGUGACCUGAUGCCAUGGCGUGUUCUUCAAAUUCUCUAACUGCUUCCACAGUCUGGUCCGGGUUCUGAUACAAUUUCAGUAGCGAUUUGAUUUUAGUGAUCUUGUACUCUUGUUCAACUGAUCGCAGGCCUCUACCCCCUUUCUCCCUCGGUAGAUAUAACAAAGAAGUCAGGCUAGCUGGGUGCUUUCCACCGUUCUCCACUAUGAUCUUCCGCGCUGCUCUUUCCACAUCUCUUAACUCUGAUAGAGGCCAAUGCUGUGUCCACAUUAGGUACCGCAGGACCGGGAGUGCAUACUGAUUAGAUGCCUACACACGGUUACAAUCAGACAAGGGGCUGGACCAUAUAAUAGAUAUCCUGCGUAGAUACUCUUUACCCGCGCAAGCUAGGGCCAGCCGUUCAUCCUGUCGAACGUUCUCAAGCACCCCCAGGAAUUUGUAGUGUUUUCCUUCCCCAAGAGCCGUGAUGGUAGUUGUCUCGUCCAUCCUCAUACCAGACUCGUCUAGCACUUGGGCUCCCCUCUUCACGUGUACCACUGAGCACUUUUUCUGAUUCCAGUGGAGGCCGAUGUCCUGCAUCGCUCCUCUAGUCUCUUUCAGCACUCGAUUCAGCUUGCUCUCGGAGGCAGCAAAAACCUUGAGGUCGUCAAUAUACAGGAGAUCGGUGACUUUGACUCCUAUAGGCUUGGAUAACCGGUAUCCCUCUGUUGCCCGCAGGCGCCCCGCUACAGAGUUAUUAUUAUUAUUAUUAUUUUUUUUUUUUUUUUAUUAACUUUUUGAUGCUUUUUAUAAUUGUUAUUAGUAGUCUUUGGAUAGUCAUUUUACGACAAUUCUCUUUCGUACACAAGAAGAAUGUACAUAUAUAGGGUAUAUAUUUUAAUAUUUCAUAUUCUUGAAUCUGUAAAUAGUCUAUUUUUUUAAAUCUAUGAAUAAAGUUUUGAAAUUUAAAAAAAAAUUAUUAUUAUUAUUAUUAUUAUAUUAUUAUUAAUAAACUCAUCCAUAUUAUUAGAAUCAGUGCGUUGACAUUUAUGGUAUCCACUGGGACUUUUGACUUGAUUUUUUUAUAACUCUAUGUGAUUUCUUGGAAUUUUGACUUGGGAAGGGGUUUUGCUGGAGUUUUGUUUUGAUAUUGAUGUUUUCUUUUUAUGAAUAUUUUACUGAUGUUUUGUGGGCAGCUUUUUUUUAAAAUUUUAAUAAAGUAUAUUGAUUAUUAUUAUUAUUAUUAUUGUUGUUGUUGUUGUUGUUGUUGUUAUAGUACAGUUUUUCAGGGGCAGCAUUUUCAUAUGCCACCAGUCAGCCCUUCAAAAUAAUUUGGGGCUGUCGAAAACUUGAAAUCAUGUGGAAUCAUCAUAGAUAGUAUGACUACUAUUGGUUGGUAGGGUGGGCUUACAAAGGGGUAGGGAAACUGUUAUUUAAUUCAUUAAUGAUAGUCAAUUCAAUAAAUGCUAGUAUGAUAUGCUCCACAUUUAUGUUUCAUUGUUUUUCUAAAUUAUAGUACCUUGCUGCAAAGGAUGCUAAAGUGUUGUGUAUUUUAGGGUCUGGGGCCCAGGCAAGAAGUCAUGCCCAGGCCCUUAAGCUUGUCAGACCUUUCUCUGAGGUAUGCUAUUAAAGUUGACACUCUCUCUGAAUAGCGAGGCUGGACACAUUUUAGGUUGAAAACAUAGAGGAUUAUUAUAUGGCUGCAUGGGGAUUUGAAAUUUCUCUUUGAGUUUUGAAAAAUAUUUCACUUGUUCGCUGCCCUCACCAGUGGACUAUCAUUGAAUACAAGUAGAGAAAUUUUGUAUGUCCAAGUGGCCAUGUAAUGUUCUAUUUGUAUUAUCUAAAGACCAACGAAAAUAUCAAAUCAUUUCAGUAAUUAAUAAUAUUGAUAUUUUCUUCUACCAGCAUGUCAAUCGUUGUUGUAAAAAGUGAAAAAAAAUAUUAUACUAUUUUAGUUAAAUAUGGUUAUUCCAGACAAGAUGUUAUUUUGCUCAUAGAUAAAAUAUUAUCAAAGUUUUAGCAAAGCCAAGUAAAAUAAGCCAUAUAUGCUUUGGCCAGUAGAAAAUCAGUCCUCUAUGGUCUCUCUGUAAAAAGCCAUGACUGAAUUAGGCUUUUAAGAUUGCCAUUGACUUCAUAUUCUUUCAAGGUUAGAGUAUGGAGUAGAACAUUUGCCAAUGCACAAAAGUUUGCAAAUGAAAUUGGUGCAAAAGCUUGUUCAACAGUGGAGGAGGCAGCAUCAUGUGCUGAUGUCAUUGUGACUGCUACCAUGGCAACCACUCCCAUUCUGUGUGGAAAAUGGGUCAAACCUGGGGCUUUGAUUAACGGUGAGCCUAUUUUGUCAUUCAUCACCAUCUUGUUCUUAAUACUAUGUUUUUCACGCUCAGCUGAUCUUGCAAAAGAGGCAAGAAAUGAUUGAAGUUCUCUCACAGUGAAUGGAACCUGGGAACGAGUUACAUUUUAAGGUGUCAAUUUUCGUGCUUAUCAGGUGGUCGAGUUUUUGUUUCUUGUCGUACAGUGCAACAGCUUUUCUCACCUUCUUGCCCUUUGACAGUUCAAAAAAAAGUUUGUGUUAGUAUCAGGUAGGUUCAGAAUGGUUUUCUUUUUCUUUCUUUUUUUUUUUUUCCUUCAUCUUUCGAAAACAUUUUGUGAUGGUUGUGAUUAAAGUACACGUUGCAUUGUCGUGUGGCCGACAAAUGGCGUUCAGUGUGUGAGAACAAAAUAAUAAUUUUAGAUCACUUGAGAAGGUUUUGAGGGAUUGAUCUCUCUUUAAAUGCUCUUGCAUCGUAUUCGCUAAGGAGUUUAAGACAUGAAAGGUAGCUUAACUGGGCGUAGUUAUUUCAUGCUUUAGAAAAAACGUCUUGUCAUGCAUCUUAAAGGCCUGUUUCCAUGGGUGAUUUUUAGCGCAACUUUUACUCCAGUUUUUACACCAUCUUGAGUGUUAUUUCUUAAACUAUCGGCAAUCGUUUUUUCUUCAUCUUGGCGAUUUGUUCUUGCGAGAUCACCGUUCAGUGUUACCAACCUUCUCAAAUUGUGAUGAGUAGCCAAAAAAUCCUACCUUGGAUCUUGUCGCAGAUAAGUGUUUCAGUCCAUCAGACUUACUUUAGUGUAACCCCAGCCUGCCUCGCAGACGGAAUCUAACUCCGGUAAGUAACGUCUGCCAAGCAGCGCAGAUAUCAUUGUUCUGGGCCCCCAACAGACUCAACGAAUUACCGGAAAUGCGUUUCGAAUUUCCUUUAAGCUGAUUGGCAAAUUGACAGUGGUUUUUUAACAGACCAAUCACAGUGCUCAAAUCCUGGUACACAGGUGGGGAACCAACACAAGGGUUUCGGCGCUUUUUCGCAGACGGGCUUAACAGAAGUUAAUUUCCGUCUGUGGCGCAGGCUAUGUAACCCUUACAUAUUAGAGAUUGCAAAAAUGGCAAUGUAAUUGCCAGGAAAUCGCCAGCAAUCCUCUCUCUUGCUCAGCCCACGGAGAAAAAGGGGAGAGAAUAAUUGCCGCGAUCGCCGUUAAAGAGAUACUUUUUUGUUUAACCGCGUGUGAACGGGCUUGCUGGGAUUCAACUAUUAAACAAAUUUUAAAGCCCUGCUAAUAAGGAGAAAACGUGUCCCGAGUAAAAGGGUGACUCGGCGCCCCAAUUAUCCCUUUCGUAAACGGUCGCUGCCAUUUUUAAGACACUAGGAAAAUUUUGACCGGUUAUUGAGAUUGUUUCUAUUAAAGGGAAAGAAAAUACGACCCACCCUGGGUUGUACCCGGACGUUUCGUGUCCUUAUCUCUCUCCCUUACUACCACGCCGACCCACCAAAAUUCCGAAGAAUUUAAGUACAUACACAAGCAAACUGUUUUGAUUUCAUCAAUAAUAGGCGACCCUAGCCCUGUCCAUAACUUUUAACGGAAAUUCAAUUUGGGCUUCACGUCGCUCUUUCUAAGACUAUUAAAAAACGUAUUAUUUGGCCCAUUGUAAUUUAACCCUGGGAAUAUACUACACCUAUCAUCACUAAAUGCUUGGUUAUCAAUCCUGGUAUCGACCGUUUACGAUCGAGGGAAAUAGGCAUCGUCGCCCACCCAAGCUACUUUGGGUAAGGCAACGUUUGCUUGGCGAACCGUUUACAGGUGAAACAAAAGGUUGGCUCGGCUAGAAAGGUAAACCCCUAGCCGGGUCACCCUUUUCGAAGGUAGGGUUACCCCUUUAGCCGGGCAAAGUUUUCUCCAUAACUAUAAACACUUUGGCUCGCGUAACUGGGUCAAAUCGGUCAAGGAGAGACAUAAGAGCAUACGCGAGAACGCUUGCUUAAGUUAUUGUUUAAAGUUAUUGUGAGCUUAUGCAACAGGGAGGGGGAGGAAAGAUGACGGUAAACCUUUUUUUUUAGUGAUUAUCUUAUUAAGAAUGCAAUUGACCUUGAAAAUAGUUUCUUCUUUUUUUAUUCGAAAUGAAUUGUUUUAAUUGAAAUGAAAUGUUCUUAAUUUGAAUAAUUUUUAUUUAAUGAAAUGAAUUUUUUUUCUAAUCAAAACGAAAGGAAUUGUAAAUAGUGUUUUGACGAAACAGUUUUUUUAAAGUGAAUCAGCCGUAAAUAGGCUUUUAAUAGUUAGUAUGUUAUAAAUAAAAUGUGAUGCAAACCUUGUGUGACAAGGGCGACAAUAAUUUAAUUUGAGAAAACCUCUUCGCCAAGCUUAACCCUUCCUUAAACAGAUCUUUUUGUCAAAGACCAAAAAACACCAAUUUAAGUGAAGAUCACGAAAGAACACGUAAAGGCCUACGUAAGUAGUAGCCCUGUAACGUUUGUCACAUACGAAUGUUUUGCCGUCCUCUUCUUUCUGCCGUCCUGUUGCGUAAACUCACUAUUAACGGGGUUGGGAAGGUGACCCUUUUUCCCAGAACAACUUCUCUCCAUAAAAACGUGGCCGUAGUGACUGCAUGCAAGAUUGCACCAUUUCCUUACACUUUGAUGUUGCAGCUGUUGGUGCACCUCGUCCAACAUGGAGAGAGCUUGAUGAUGAGCUUAUGCAUAAUAGUUUUAUUGUAGCAGACAGCAUUGAAGCAGCGCUAAAAGAAGCUGGGGAUGUGAUUCUCUCUAAGGUCAGUGGUAAAGAAGUCUCUAAUAAAAUACUGGAGGUAAACGGCUUUUUAAACGUGAAUUGACGCCGCUUAGAACUUUAUUACGAUUAUUGCAUUUCGUUCAAUUUGCCGCAAAUGCAGGCGAAUUUUUGUCGAGUUGAAUUCUUAACAACCGUAUCCAAUUGCAGAAAACGAAAAACAAAACCGUCGUUUCGUGUUUACGUUCUCCAUAAAAAAGUGAAAUUACGCAAUUUUACGCCGUAGUCGUGCAGUGACGGCAACGAAAAGUAACAACAAGUGUGUUGCAUUAGCCCGGAGCAAACUCUCUAGGGGACGGCUCUGGGGAGGGCCAGAGAGCUUGAGCUCCCCCGCCCCCAGAGCCCCAGAGAGAGCUUGUUUGUAACCUUGUGAUGCCCCCCGUGUGCCCUCGUGGUUGAGUUCUGAUAGAGAGCCCAGAGAUGAAUAGACUCACAGUACUUGCAUCUAACAAUUGCAUGAAAAAGAUUCAGGCUUGGCUCUCAGCUUUUUUGCCGUUCAUGCCAAACUCUCACGUCUUUGCUGCCGACUCUUCAACAAGAACGCCUGCCAGCAGGCUGCUUUCGUCAUUUCCAAAAAUUGAAAUUUAGGAAAGAGUGCAAGUUAUUUCAAGCUCAGGAAACGCUGAAAAGUAGCCUUAGUAGGUCGUGGUUUUGUUUGUUAGCACGCAAAUGAGGGGCAAAGCUUCUUGCUCGUUUCUGCUCUCGUCGCCAACUUAACCGCUAGCUAUGACACAGGCUACUGAAAGGCAAAUAAUAACACAGAAAGUACAAGGAGGGCUAACUCUAACAUAAAAGCUUUGCAGGUAUUUUUGGUUGCUUUUCUUCCAUUUAGCAAAUUUGUGGCGCUGAUGAUUAGUAUACAUGAUCAUCAUCAUUAUUGUUUAAGCUAUUUUUGAUCAUGUAAUGAUCAGAUGCCAGAAUCGUUAUAUAUAAUAAUCUUUUUUUUUUCUUCGUAUUUUAAAGUCGUCUGUGUCAGGAGAAAUUGGUGAUGUGAUAUCAGGAAAGCUGUCUGUUCCUGAAGAAAAAACAAAGAUUUUUAAGUCGUUAGGUAAGUGAAACUAAGUGGAACUGCAAUCCGCUGUGUUUACAUUGAGGGCCGAUAGUCUCAAUGUCUGCUUAUUCGUGUAGAUUCUUCAUUAAUUUAAAGUGAUCAGUCUUCAACCUUUGCUCUUGCAGGUAUGGCAGUUGAAGACGUCGUAACUUCUAAGUUAAUUCUCAGCAAACUUGAAGAAACUAAAGCGCCCAAACCAGGACUUUAG